GGUCGCUAUUAAUACUAAUAGUAUUCCUCGGGCUUUUUCUCAAUGGUGCUUCGAAAGCAAAGACGCGCAGAGCGCUGCCCAAAGUACAUGUUUCGUUGUGAGUUCGGCACUCACUAUUAGGGUGGAUUUUGUUGUGUCCUAAUUAUGAAGUGUAGGGAAUAAAAUAUCAGCUAAAGAUGGAGAUACUGAUUGAAUAAACAUGAAAAGGUUAUUUUAUUGGUGGCGUUUAAUAAUAAUGAACUAACCCCGCAAUAGUAAUUAAAUAUUGAUAGGUUUUUAUCUCUCGAUUAGAGAGAAAACCGACAUGAUGACCUAAUAUGGUGUUUGUAAUUAAUAAGUGAAACUGCAAGGAAGCGGACUUGAUGAUGGCCGCUGUUAACUAUAUACUCUAUGUCAAACACAUUUUCUUCAUAAUACAGUGAAAGCCGUUGUGCCUAUUAAGUAUGCGUUCUUUAUCCAGACGUUUAAUUUCUUCGAUUUAAACUUGAAUUCUUUCCUUCAAUAAAGAUUCUUCUAGACUUAUUUAUUCACAUUGGAACGCACAAAGAAAAAGGUAUAUUAUUUAGGUACUUUCUAUACUAGUUUCUUCUUCUUCAUAUAUUUUUGGUUCCCCUUUGCCCUCCCCCCCCCCCCCCCCUCUCCCCUUGUACACACAUUCAAAAAAAAACAUACGCUUAUUAUCCUAUCGAGAUCGUAUUAAAGCGAUCAUAGAAGUCCAAAAAACAGUAUAUACAAAAGGCAGAAGUAUGUUGAGAAAUUUAAUUGGCUACAAGCACACCAUAUAUGAUGUAUACCCGCUGCGCAACAAAAGGGUUUUCUUACUCGUGGAUCCCCAGAACAUCCUCGGCGAUACCUCCGACUCCCAUGCGACGUUCUCUACAAUUGAUUACCUAUUGCAGAAGCAAGCCUCAGUCAUUGUAGCAUCCUCCUUUGGUCCUCUGUCCGGCAUCACGAUGAACCUAACCAAACGCGAGCUCAAAGUCGCAUUGGAUGCAUUUAAGAAUGAGAACGGGAUGGGUUACACUAAUUUCUUCGCUGGUUUGUCGCCUGAUUUGAAGUUAAAUAUCAUUCAGGCCGUCGUGGACUCCGAAGAUAUUGCGGCUGCAAAGUCUGAUGGAACGACCCAGCUUCAGACUGGGAAGACGCAACUCUUCGCGGGGCUUCCUAUUGAUAAGAAAAUUAAAGCGAAGGAAAUGUUCUUCACCUCUAAAGAGUUCGUCCCGUCGUCCACAAUGCCGUUCGUGAGCGUACUGAGAGCUCGGUUCCCCGAUGUGAAUGUGAAUUUCUCACCGGAUUGUUUGCGUUUGCCCCAGCAAAGUCUCCGGGCGGGUGAGGUUUUGGUGCUUGAGAACCUGCGCUUUUACAUGAAUGAGACCUCUCAUAGUAGUACUGUGCGGGGUGCCAUGGCAGAGGCGCUCGCCUCAAACGUGGAGAUUUACGUCAACGACUCUUUUGCUACCGCCUAUGCUCCACUCGCAAGCAACACAGAGCUGCCGCGUCUUUUGCGGCACGGCGCCGCAGGGAUGUCUAUGCACCGCGAGCUCUCUUUUUACGCUAAGUUCUUGAAUCACCUCGCCUAUCCAAUCGCGGUGGUUGUUGCCGGGACUGACAUCCCUCAGAAGCUGCAGCUCAUUUACCGGCUUGUCGGCCGUGUCGACCGGAUUUUGGUCGGUGGCGCCAUCGCUCUCCCCUUUCUCGCCGCCAGGGGCCUAGGCUGCGGCCUGGACUACCCCCUGAAAGACGAGCCCACUGUCGGUGCACCGCUCGACGCGCAGCAGAGGGGGGCUGACCACGGUCGUAGAGAAGCCGAAACGACGCAAGUCCCCUGUUCCGAGUACGCAAAGAGGAUCAUGGAGCUCUGCGCCACCAAACAUGUUGAGCUCGUUCUCCCGAUUGACCACUUCGUCGCGGGCCACCCUGAGACGGACAAAUGCAAGGCGGUGUUGGUGGAGUCAGCCGCCGUGCCGCCUGGUAUGUGUGUGCUUGACUGUGGAAUGAACACGGUUAACCUCUUCACGCGCAGCCUGCGAGCUUGUCGCACGGUACUUUGGACUGGAACCUUGGGGCGUACGUCGAAGGGGUAUAUCACGGGAACCGCCGCCUUUGCGACAGAGCUGCGGAAGUUGGAGAUCAUCUCCAUCGUGGCCGGCGAUGAGACAUCGCAGGUGGUGUGCAGGAUCGGCAUAGCCGACAAAAUGAUGCACCUCUCGAGUGGCGGUGUGUCCUCGUUGUUGGUUGUGGAGGGGGACAUCCUGCCCGGAGUUGAGGCACUUUCCGACAUAGGUGCGACCGCGUCGGAUCCAACAGCUCCCAGCAAUGCCAUCGCCCCUGUGAAUGCGAUGCUGUGCAAACUACCGCCCUUUGUGGGCUGCGACUCACAUAAUUUGCAGCUGAUUGCUAAAAAAUUUGUCCGUCGGACGCAUGAGAGUGGCGAUUACCUUGUAUUUAGCGGAGAUCGGCAUGUGUGCAUGUACCUAGUCGCCCAAGGCGGUCUUCUGGCACAAUGGGAUGACGAAUACAGCUCGGCCCCGGCGCGAUUUAUUGGCAAAGGCCAAACUGUUGGCAUGUAUGAGUUUUUUACUCAGGCCCCGGCCUUCGAGAUGGUGCGUGUGGCGCAGCCCGAUACGGUAACUUAUCAACUUUCAUCCUCGACGCUCAACGAAAUGCUGAACUCCCACCAUGACCUCGCAGUGAUGCUUUUGAAAAACAUAUCCGAACCGCUCUAUCAGAUCGUGAGCAACGAUUACCACAAGCAGCAGAGCGUAGAGAUGAUGCUCCUACGUAAUGCUUGUCGGACCCGCGUACCGCAGCUGUUGUGCGUCCCAGAAAGACCGAGCUUGAAGUGGGACGUCCUGCAGGACGUGCUGACUACCCUCUGCCUACAUCGUCUCUCGUUGAAAUAUAAACCCUUUGUCGAUACGGAACCUCAUCGUUUGCUCUGUGAAUCCGCCAUGACGCUGUCGGACCCCCUUGCAAUAGUUGUAAAGGGUAUCCAGCGAUAUGGGUUACCUCUUGCUUUGGCGGGAGGAGUCCUUCGCGACUUACUCUACCACCAAUUUGUGGGCUUGAUGAAGCACCCCUGGAUCGCUGCACUGCUUUCAGCGAUAUUGACUUCGCCACUGCGUGUUUUCUCUUAUGGGUUUAAAUAUCGAGAGAUAAAUUUGAAAAUGAUGUUGCAUGAGGCUCUAAUAAGCGGAGCCGUGGCGGUUGCCCCCACGGCCGCGUAUGCCCUAGCACUCGAGCUGCGGCGUCGCAUCGAACGGUAUCGCAAAAAGCAGCUCAACUACUCGUCGCAGCUGGCCCUUAUGGCUCUCGUGAAGUUGCUGGUUGGCUUUGUGGUGUUUCCUAUUGUUUAUCUGCGCAAUUUCAUAUACACACAGUCAUCCACAAACCAAUUUUGGGAUAACACAUCUUUUUUCGCGUAUCAGCGGAAGCAGCUAGCCUCGUUGUUAUUGAGAUAUAUGCUUCGCAGCGCACUGAAGUGA